AUGGCUGCCGAGCACCAAAUCCCCAUCCUGAUCAUAGGCGGCGGUAUUGUAGGCCUCUCGGCUUCUCUCUUUCUCUCUCAACAUGGAAUACAGUCUAUCCUCAUUGAGCGUCACUCGGGAACAUCCAUACACCCACGAGCUCGAUCCGUCAAUGCUCGAACCAUGGAACUAUUCCGCGGUCUCGGGAUGGACGAUCUUGUUCGAGAAGCCGGUGCCUCAAUGAAAGCAACAAUGGGUAUUCAUAAAGGGAAAACGCUCAAGGAAGUGAUAGAAGCUAAGAAACCAGCCGAUGGUCCUAGGAAGUUUCCUUUGGCUGGUUUGAUGAAUUCGAUUAGUCCGGUUCAAGGAACGUUUGUAACGCAGGAUAUGCUUGAACCAGUUUUGGUGGAUGUGGCAAGGGAGCGAGGGGGUGAUUUGAGAUUCUAUACGGAAUGUAUUAGUAUUCAACAAGACAGUGAUAGUGUUACGGCCACACUCAAAGACCGGGAAACUGGCGCUGUCUCCUCAGUUCGUGCAGAGUACCUUAUCGCCGCCGAUGGAGCAGGAAGCCCUAUCCGAAAUCGACUUAACGUCCUAACCUCUGGACAAGGUACGAUGGGGCAUUUAAUCAACAUACUAUUCCAAGCCGAUCUCAAACCCCUGGUACACAAACGAGAAUUUUCCAUCUGUGUGAUCGAAAGUCCAGAGAUUUAUGGAGCAUUCACAUCCAUCAAUAAUGACGACCGUUGGGUGUUCCAUCUCGCUUAUGACCCCUCCAAAGGCGAGCAAGCUUCAGACUUCACUCCCGAGAAAUGUAUAGAGUUGUUGCGCAUUGCAAUAGGAAUACCCGAUCUCGAAAUAGAUGUCAAAAGCAUACUGCCUUGGGAACCAUCUGUACGAGUAGCAGAUCAACUACAACAUGGACGUAUCUUUCUCGCAGGUGAUGCUGCUCAUCAGAUGCCUCCGUGGGGAGGUCAGGGUGCAAACUCUGGUAUUACAGACGUUCAUAAUCUUGCUUGGAAACUCGCACUGGUACUUCAAAAACAAGCAAGCAAGAGAUUGUUAGAAACAUACAAUGCAGAACGUCAACCCGUCGGUAAAACAGCAGCAGUGGUAUCAGCAAGUGGUAGCGACAAACGGGGAAUGGUCUCGCUAAACCUCCGGGAUCCAGCUGUUAUAGUGGGAUUUUACAAGAGAAUAGGGUUAAUCUCUGGACACGGAUAUACUUAUGCUAGUAACUCAAUAUGUCCAGAGAAUACAUCUCCUCUCAGUGGUUUGACGUGGAAACCGUGGACAUUAGCUAGUUUAUUCUUUUUACUCGAUAGUAGACCUGGUAGUAGACUUCCACAUCUAUGGACCACGCACGAAGGAAAACGCAUUUCGACUCUUGAUCUAUGUGGGCAAAAAUUCACCUUGCUAACUGGAGCAAAAGGAGAAGCAUGGAUCGAAGCUGCGAAAUUAAUAUCGAAAACUCUAGCUAUUGACAUAUCCACAUACACUACAGGACCAAACGGCGAUCUCGUCACAGAAAACAACGUAUUCGAAACCACAACGGGUAUAUCAUCUCAAGGUGCGAUAUUGGUACGACCAGAUGGAUUCGUAGCAUGGAGAGCCAGGAGACAAGAAUCUGGUGUAGAGACGCCACAAAUUCAACUUGAGCUGGCGAUGAGGCGGAUUCUUUGUUUGUUGUGA